AUAUUUAAAAAAAUUUACCAAAUCCUAAAACGACAUAUAUUUUAAAAUAGAGGGAGUACUAAAUACUUGUAAAAUAAAAAAAAUAAAAAAAUAGAAACAAUAGUAAGAAGAAGGGUGGGUACAAACAGGCCGAUUGAAUCCUUAUCAUUAAGAGUUGUACUUUCUAUAAUUGUUAUCAUAAAAAAGAAUUAUGGGGGAGCUAAUGAUUCAGUUUAGAAUCUUAGGAUAUGCACUAAAAAUGAAGGAAUGACGUCGUUAUUCACGGCAAAAGCAAUAUCCUUGACAUCCUUAUCGCUGCAGGUGUGCCUUUUCCCCACACAAUUAUUUUGCCAUUAACUAAUACUUCCGUCCUCAAAAGAACCCACUUUGUUAUACAAUUUUAAUUUAAUAAUAUAAUAACUAUUUGAACUAUAUUUUUUAAGACGAAAGGAGUAUUUAUGACCAGUCCACUGUUUUUUUUUUUUUCAAUUUAAUUUGAACAUUGGAAGUUUAAUGUAUCAUGUAUGUACGAAGGAUUGUAUAGUUUAUUAUGAUAGACGUAUAUUGUAUUUUUUUUUUUGACAAUUAAUGAUUGUUUUGGGACGUAUAGAGUGUAAAGGUGAGGUGCCAAAAAAUUGAAGGGAAAAUGGGAUACAGACGUAAAGGUUCAUAACCAAGAAGGUUCGUAGAUCCAGGAGGAGAAGGAGGGAUCCAAAGGGGAUGAUGAUGCGUAGGAAUGAGAUGGCGGGGGUUGGUUAGGCUAAAGCCUUAGAAUUUGGAUAACCACCGCCCUUCCGACGUUGCACCUCAUUAUUAUUACCUUAACUAAUCCUAUCUCUCUGUCACCCAUACAACACAAACAUUCACAAUUGUACAUAAACUUCCAAGGAAUUAUUAUUUGCCUUUUUUUUUUUUUUUCUUCUUGAUCAAUCAUUUUUGGACUAUAACUUUUGCUAUCUCUUUCUCUUUCUGCCAAUGUGCAAUGAUAUUUGGUGAUUCAGGGACCCCAAUGAAUGAAACCUGUCUUCUUCAUUUUAUCAACCAUAUUUUAUUCACUUUGGCUUGUGUUUCACAAUCUGUCACCCCCUUCCAUUUAUGUAUUUUUUUUUAAUUUUUUUUUUUGAUCUUUGAUGUUAUAACAAAUCUGUCACCCCUAUCCGUUACCUUUUCCUUUUUUUUUUUUUUUUUAAAAAAAAACCAUGAGCUCGUUGCUUUGCCUUUUCCUAUAAUGAAUUGUAAGUCAUCGUCAACUUUGGAGUCAUCUCCUGCCAAGAAACUACUUCACUAUUGUUGAUUUGUUGUUAUUACAUUUUUUUUUUCAUACAAUUUGCUACCUCUUUGGCAAUUAUUAUUUUCCACCUCUCAAGGUGAUGUACACAUAUUUUCCAAAAGAAACCUACAUAAAGAAAUAAAUAUGAAAUCCAAGUCAAAGGGGGGAAAAAAAAAAAUUAUUCUACCAAUAUGACUAUGGGAAGGUUUUUUUUUCUUUUUUUCUUAUAUAAGGUAACAUAGAGGGCACUUCAAAGGUUAGUUUACGUCUUCAUAAAUUAACCUAAUCGUCAGAGCAGUUUUCCUUCGCUGUUCUUAACUUUGCCUCUAAAUUCUUCUUAAUUCAACGCGACGAAGAGAGCUCAUCGGCGGAGAAAGCACCCAAAUAAGCAUGGAAGUUAACGGGGCAGAGGACACGAUGAUUACCGAGCCGGAACGUGUAUUUCACGAAACCCCUUGCGGCAAGGGUUUAGGGAACACCCUGAUGGUGGUCAGAGACCGUGGGUGGCUCAAAGGUAACCGUGAGGUCCAUGACGACGAGGGAUCAAGCGAUGAGGUAGAAACUGCUAAGAGGAGGAAGGACAAUAGCAGCUCGGUUCCUAAAACUAAAGGCCGCUAUAACUUUAAGGAUUUACAGAUUGUGAGACGUGAUGGACAGGGCCGAGAAUUGACUCCCAAGGAAGCUUACCGACAACUCUGCCAUGUUUUCCACGGGAAGUCGCCCAGCAAGAAGACCGUCGAGAAGCGGGAACGCCAACAGCAGAUGAAGACGGACAAACCCACCGUCACUCAAGAUUUGCUGGCGCUUGAAAGAAGCUUGAAGGUUGCUCAAUCACCCUAUGUCGUCAUCAGUGCUGGAGAAAGAAAGAAAUCACGGUUACACGCCUGCUACAGGGUAUACACAAAGGUCAGGUUGUAUCCUGCUUCCCAAACCCUAAUCCCAACCAUUUGAUUAUAUGGAAGGUAAAGCUGGUUCAUUACUAGUACUAGGUAAUCUGCUAUACUUUGUCCCAAUGAUUCCGAUUAUGCAUAAUAGUCGACUUAGGUAAACUGAAACGGGUUCUCUAUAAAGCUUCUAAGAUAGAAUUGGACUUCACACAAAGACACAACAAAGUCUUGCACACAGAUAAGAAUGGGGAUGAGCAAAGAUUAUAAAACUAGGCAAAGCUGCAACAAUAAGGUAUGGACUAUAAAUAUCCUUUUCCUUUCUUUCUGCCUUUUUCCCAGGAACAAAUUGAGCACUAAAGAAGAAAAGGGUGCAAUGUGCGGAAGAAAAUUUACAUAACUACACGAUUCUGUCUUUGAUUACUGCAUUUAUCUAAUAGAAGGUAAUUUCUCUUCCUUUUUCUUUUCUUCAAUUGAAAACAAAUAUAUUAUCUAUUUUGAAAAUAACUGCAACAAAAGGUAAAAUGACUUGUUAUGUGAGACAAGCUUUUAAAGAAGAUAGUUGACACCAACUAAUGAAAACUUUCUGCUGGUUUGGUCGCUAGAAAGAUGUCAAUAACUGAUGCUAGCCCAAUAUCCCUGUUAAUCUCAUCUAAAGUUUUGACAUUAAUCUGCAAACUACAGGGACUUACUUCUCCCAUUACUCGGCUAAUAGAGUUGAGGCAAGCAGAUCUUGUACGAAAACAGCUCGCCCAGCAGCUUGUCUCAUUCUCUUUUCUCGCUCUUCAUGACUCAAGGAUGAAUCAAAACUGCAAAUACGCGACAUAACAGUAAACAGAAGUAGGGUGCAUCCCAAACUUAGAAGUAUAAGCAGAAUCAAAGUGGUUACAGAUCUAUGAUAAACCAAGCAACUUAAGUAUCAGCGUGGCAUAUCAAAUCGGAAUAACAAUAUGAUAAACAAAUAUGAAAAGAGUUCUGCCUCUCGGGGAGCACUCAGUUUGAACUAAUCCUUAUCCUUGUCAGGUUAGGCGGACUUUGAUGAUAAACUACAAUAUUCAGUUCUCUAAGGAGUUGGGGUAACAGAGUUUUUUAGGAAUAUAUACAUUCGGUUGUCUUGACAUGCUGAACUUUAAAUAAGUUUUGAGUUUGCCUUGUAACGGAUAAUGGUAAAGAUGAACGUAAAUAAAGAUAUUGUCGAUGCUCAGGAAUGAUCCAGUAAGCCUGACCUAAGAACUUGUUUGAUGAUUUUUGUUGUCUAUGAGGCUUAGUGUAAAUGUGCAGAAAAUACUCUGUUCACACUACGCAUGAAACAAGUGUAUUUUCUACAGGGGCAUCAGGGCAACUGAAAAGCAUAGGUUUUACCCAAUCAGUUAUCAGGCCACAAGGAAUUGCAGAAUUUUCAGUAGUAUCACUGCAGGUCUGUAAGCCACUUUUUGUGGGAUAACGGGAUGAUCUCAAAUUCAGAUCAUUAACACUGCAGUGAAGUUACAAUUGACCCUUGAUCUCUUCAAUCAGGUAAAAAAAGCAUCUACGGAAACUCUUAUGUUAUGAACAAUGAUUGGCUCCUUACAAUUACAGUUUUCCUCUGUCACUAAAAUCCACCAAGAGGACUAGGGCAAGCUGACAGGAGCAAGAACAAAAUUCAUAAAAUCAGAUAAGGUAUAUGGUUUCCUUGGGUUUCAGUUCAUAGUUAGUUGCAUGCUUCUAAAAGAACCUUGCAUUCAGGCAAGCAGCAGUGAAGUGGCAGAUAAAACCACGAGUUAGUCUAUUGAAUUCACAAUGGUUACUUGAAAGGUAGAAGUAACGGGACAAAAAACAUGCAACCUGGUGCACAGAAGUUUCUGUACGCAUGGCCUGGGAGAUGAGUCAGCCAAUUAAGGCAUAUUGGGAGCCGUAUCUCAUAUUUCUAUAAGGGACUGUUUUGGUGGGAUAGAUUAAGUGCAAACAAAACUGAUAAUCUCAAACCACAAGGCAACAACUUAAUUCUGCACCUAGAAUCCCUAUUGGGUACUAGAAAAAUAAGAGCUAAAAAGAAAAUUCCCAAAGAAAGCAUAUAUAUCGUGCUACCUUGAUUUCCAUGUACGUUGUAAAGGCACACACUUUGGUGAAGCAUCCUCAAGACUUGAAGCCAGAGUUUUUGAAAUUUCUUCAGCUUCAGUUGCAGGAAAGUUCAGGACAAGAGAUGAAAGUAGAGGAUCAGUAAUUGCAACGGAUGAAGUUGUAUUGUUUGAUCUGUAGCCACUGCCUCCUAAAAGAACCUGUAAAUGGGCCUCCCUUAGAUCUCUGCCCAAUAGAGACAGUGCUUGACUACUAGGAACUGCAACUCUACGUAACCUACGACGCCGCUGCAAGUAGUCUGAAGUUAAAGAAAUAUCAACUAAAUUCAGAUUACGAAAACUAAAAUGUGCAUUUAUGCAGAUGAUUGAGAUGGAAAACGUGUUUUUAAUGCCCAUCAUGUAUCAUAAAGUCAUUUCCAUGUAAGGAUAUCUUGAAUAAGUGUCCAUGUUGCAGAGUGAUAUGACUCAACAUGUUCCGCGCAACUUUAACAGAACAGAUGGGACAAACCUGCAAACAAAAAUAACUUUCAUCAAUGGGAAAUAAUCGAACUCCAAACGAGAAACACGCAUAGAUGUAAAGUUGAUGUCUCCCCUUCUUCUUGACACAGAUUGGUUAAACUAAUAGAAAAAGGUAUUUUUUAGAAAAUUUAUGUCAAGUUUGAUAUGAAAAGCCACAUAUUUCUUUGAGAGGAUAGCAAUGGAGUACAAAAGACAGAACUAUACAACAAAAUCAAGUGAUAUUGACUUCUUUGAAAUAUUUAUAGUACCUCAAUAAUGACAAACGAAGAUGCUGUAAAAUGAGCACUACUGUCAAUGAUACAAAUUUUAAAAGAAAUACUAAUGGUGAAUAACAGCCAUGAAUGUGUGAUCUGUGAGAUCUUCUACAGCACGUAGAAAACCACCAACCCCAAUGGCAAACUUGAGUAAACACAACCUAAAAUGAUGGUCGGGCAAAAAAUUACUGCUUGAUGUCUACUCAUGCUUGUUCCUUCUUAUAGAACAACCUGUCUCUGGAAAGAAAUUUGAUGAGUGUUAAGUUUCCUUCAGAGCUUUAAGCUUUAUUAGAGUUGCAUGUUUCACUUGCGGAGAUAGUUUUUUUGAUUAUUCUACCGAAGUAUUUCAAUCUGUUACAUUCACAAAAUCAUUGCUUUUGACCCAAAAAAUGAAACAAUCAUCCACUAUAGAGGAUCAUUAGCUUCAAACUCAGAAGCUCAGGCCAGUAAUCUGCACUCUGACCAGAAAAGUGUGUAGCUAUCAGCUAUCUGAAAAGGCUGAAGGCCAAACUCGGAAAUCGAAAAAGCAAGGAGGAAAUCGACAUUAAACAAAUUCUGUACCAAAAUGUGUUUCCGAAAAUAGUUUGAGGACGGUCAUAUGACUGAGUAUAACUAGGGACAUCUUACCAUACUAAAGAGAGCAAAAAAAUCUGCUUUUCCAUCCGCUAUAACAAAAUUUGCUUACACUUAAAUGGCAAAAACAAAGAAAGUUUUACAGCAAUUUGCAAAAUGAAAUCCAAAGCUUAAAAUUAUACUAAGAAAAAUCUUGACCUCGAAAGUUUUUCCAUUAAAGAGCAACCCAGAAUGAAAAUGAAGAUCGAGAUUGUCCCCCAAAACAAGGAAAGAGAUUAACACCAAAAAAAAAAUCCCCAGAAAAAAACAUGUGAGAAUCCAAGCUCACCGUGACUUUUGAUUCGCAAGAGUGUUCAUCUUCAAGAUGUGAGCAGAGGGAUGCAAUAUCAAAGUCUUCAUAACAAUACGGGCAUGGAAAUUCUGCUCGGACCUCCUCUUCCACCUCGAAAUCAUCAAUAUUCAACCGAUCUGAAAAUAAUCAAAUCCACCCCUAACAACUUAAAUUUUUACAAAGAAUCAACCUUUAGAUCAAUCAGACCCAACCCACAAAAAAUUUACAUAAAAUUCAUAAACCAAAGUCAGAAAGGAAAAAAAAAAAAAGAGAAAAGAAAAAGAAAAGGGACACGAACCAAAUUGAGAGUUGUGGCUAUGGCUAUGAUGAUGGUGUUGCUGAUGCUGCAGAUUGAAUUGGCGCUUUGCAGCAGCGAGGCGGGAGGUCCAAAACUCAGAGUCCAUGAAGACCGAGAAAGAAAGAAGAGAGAGAGAAGGAGAAUUUAGGACAAACUCCAAAUUAUAUAAACAAAUAAUGAAUCCAAAAUAAGAAAAAAAUAAAUUACUUUUAGGAUCAAUAAAUGAUUAUUACACCAUGGUUACUUUUGUGUUGUUCAUGAUUUGGCUGAAAUGCUGAUGAUAUAUAUACACACGAUGAAUAAAAAUAGGUACUUUAUUUUAUUCAUGGAUUCAAUGGGUUUCUAAAAGUGUUAUCUUUUUCCAUGUAAUUUCCAGUUUUAUUUCUGGAUGUAUGGGAUUCUUGAUGAUGGUGUGAAGAAGGUGAAAAUGCAUUUUUAUUGUUUUUGUGUUUGCGCUCCGUUUGACGUGUUCUUCUUGUUGGCACGUUGAUAUCUGAGCUGCUAAACGGUUUCUUUUAAAGCUACAAUAAAGUUUGGACAUUUGUACUCUAUCCUCAAAUAAUUCCUCGUCA